AUGUUGGUGUCUUUCAGUUCUAUCAUAAGGCUUUUAUGCGCCUUUCUGUUUUUAUCUCCAGCUUUAGCGCUCGAAAAUGAGUCUGGUGAUUCAGAUCCUCGUCAUACAAAUAACUGGGCUGUUUUGGUCUCAACAUCAAGAUUUUGGUUCAACUAUAGACAUAUGGCAAAUGUUUUGAGUAUGUACAGAACUGUGAAGAGAUUAGGUAUUCCAGAUUCACAAAUUAUUUUAAUGUUAAGUGAUGAUGUUGCUUGUAACUCCAGAAAUUUAUUCCCUGGUUCUGUGUUCAACAACCAAGAUAGAGCUAUUGAUUUAUAUGGUGAAAGUAUAGAAGUUGAUUAUAGAGGUAAUGAAGUUACAGUGGAAAAUUUUAUCAGACUAUUAACAGAUAGAUGGGGACCAGAUCAUCCACGUUCAAAGAGAUUACUCACCGAUGAAAAUUCAAAUAUAUUUAUUUACAUGACAGGUCAUGGUGGUAAUGAGUUUUUAAAAUUUCAAGAUGCUGAAGAAAUUAGUGCUUGGGAUAUUGCUGAUGCUUUUGAACAAAUGCACGAAAAGAAAAGAUAUAACGAGAUCUUCUUCAUGAUUGAUACAUGUCAAGCAAACACAAUGUAUACCAAAUUUUAUUCACCAAACAUUCUUGCAUGUGGUUCAUCAGAAUUUGAAGAAAGUUCAUAUUCGCAUCAUAGUGAUGUGGAAAUCGGUGUGGCUGUCAUCGAUAGAUUCACUUAUUAUAAUUUGGAAUUCUCUGAAAAGAUUGAAAGAAAUUCAACUUUAACAUUACAAGAUUUAUUCGAUUUCUAUACAUUUGAUAAAAUCCAUUCACACGCUGGUGUCAGAACAGAUCUAUACAAUAGAGAUCCAUCAAAAGUUCUGAUUACCGAUUUUUUUGGUAAUGUUCAAAGUGCCGUUGCAGACGAAAUUGAAGAUGAUAUUCUAUAUCUGCUGAAUCAUAAAGAAGAAGAAGAAGAAACUUCAAAUACAGCAUCAAAUACAACAACUUCAUCAGACAAUGUUACACGCGUUAAGAAUGUUGACAGUUCCACAAUCAAUCAAUAUGGUGCAAAUGUUAUCAAUAUAAAGGAUACACCAACUGAAAAUAAUUAUGCCAAAUACAUUGUUUUGGCCUCAUUAGGUGCCAUUUUCUUGAAGACAAUUCUCAAGUAA